GAAUAGCACAGCAUCACUCCGGGAUCCGCCCAAGAAGCACCAGUACCUUUAAAUGAAGUGCAGCGCGCCUCCCUCCACCGCGGUUAACGUGAGCAGAGCUUCACACUGACAGCAGCUCUUCCGGGGUGAACACAGUUCGCUUGAUUAAGCUGCAGGAACCGGCACAUAUUGAUUUCCUUUUUGAAUAUAGAGCUGAAUGUGUUGAUUACACCAAUUUUUGAGGUCUGUGCUCUCCCCCCCGAAUUCCAUUGAUUCCAUUUCAUCUCAGGACAUUGCAUUUUAACUAGAUUUCAUGUCUUAUGUUAACCAUUGGAUUCUACCAAGAGGUGAGAGGAUUGAUAAUUGCUAUUUUUAAACACCGAUACACUUCCCUUUAACCGGACGCUACUUUCAUUCUCGGACAUCUCAAACGAAUUCGACUAAUUCAAGGCUUGUGGAAUAGAUUUUUCUACAGUAGGACCAUGCUGUUAAGUUUGUGUACUCUGAUAACAUUUGUAUGGGGUCUACCCGGCAUUUCUGCAUCGUACGUUCCCUGUGAGCCAUGCGAUCAGAAGGCGCUGUCCAUGUGUCCACCGGUGCGGAUGGGCUGUCAGGUGGUGAAGGAGCCCGGCUGCGGAUGCUGCUUGACCUGCGCACUGACCGAGGGCCAGGCGUGUGGAGUCUACACGGGGACAUGUGGACAGGGACUGCGCUGCCUGCCUCGGAGCGGAGAGGAAAAGCCGCUGCACGCUCUGCUUUACGGCAAAGGAGUUUGCAUGAACGAGAAACUAGGUCUAUACAAACCACUUCAUAUGCCGAAAGAUCAAGAGUCACAUGAAGACGCUCUGGUUCCAGAGGUAACGGAGGAUCUGCUUCCUCAGGCGAAGGUUCCAUUAUUCCAACGAGACCACAUUAACAGCAAGAAGGCCCAGGCCAUGCGGAAGGAUCGGAAGAGACAGCAGGCUAAACUCAGGACAAGGGGUCAUAUGGACUACCCGCUCUUCGGAAUGGACAAACAUCAGUCUGACAUUGGUCCGUGCCGAAGAAAGCUGGAUGGGAUUAUCCAGAGGAUGAAGGACACUUCCAGAGUCAUGGCUCUUUCUCUGUACCUACCCAACUGUGAUAAGAAAGGCUUCUUCAAGCGCAAACAGUGUAAACCCUCCAGGGGGCGCAAGCGAGGCAUCUGCUGGUGCGUAGACAAGCAUGGAGUUCAAAUGCCGGGCACUGAUUUUAAUGGAGGAAACAUCCAGUGUAAAGAUCUUGAAAGCAACAGCAACAACAACGAAUGAGACAACUUCGGUCACGUAACAACAACAACAACAACAUCACUCGCUCUCAUCUACCAUAUUAUGUGAUUUGCCAAUCAUUUCUAGUCUUAAUCUUAAAGAGUCUGACCUUUAUUUGUGGAAAAUCCAUAUUAUAUAAAACAGUCUCUUUUAAAGCACAAUACAAGCAUCAGUUAUUGAAUCCUGCAAUUGUCCUCGUUGAUCUUCAUGGGUUGGUGGGAUCUGUCAAGUAUCAUUUGGGAGUCAUGGACUAGUUUCCGCUGUAUCUUAUGUCAUAGACACCUUAGAAAGUCUUAUGAGCUUAAAGAGCGUUAAGGGAUGCAAAGAAAUUACAAUUCUGUCGUCAUUUUCUCAGCCUUGUGUCAUUUCAAACCUACACUAGUGGUCCAAAGUUUUUGAACCAAAAAAGAAUGCUUUUAAAAACAUUAAAGAAUCUUUCCAUUCAAAAACUUUUUCUUCUGUGGAACAUAAAUAAAAUAUUUUGAAAUAUGUUUUUGCCCAUGCAAUGAAACUCAGUGGGGUCAAAAACAACACUGGACUCUAUUUUCUUUAAUCGUAUUGUAUGGACAAAAACAUGUUAAUAUUUUAUGGUCCACAGAAGAAAGACACGCACACAAGUUUGAAAUGACAAGGUGAAUGAAUGAUGAAAUAAUUUCAGUUUUUGUGAGAACUAUCCCUUUACUAUGACUGUUUUAUAUGACUGUUUUUGUCCGUGGCACGAAAGAGUUCUUGUAUAGUCUUCACAGACUCUGUUGUUUUGUUGAACCCUUUCCAAUAACCACUGUAAAAACAAACAAACAAAAAAGCCUGUUAAAGAAAACUAAGCACAACCCCUUAAAAAGUUUUAGACACAUGUACAAACAUGCAGUUUAAUGGUGACAAACCAACCAGCCAUUUCACUAGUUUUUCAAACUUUAACAGAUCAGGGUCCUUCGGUUCUUAUGGAAAUCUCAGUGCCUUUUUCUACUCAAAUAUUUGAAUACUGAUUUACAUCACGGGCAUCAAAGGGGCCACAAAGGCAAAACACAAACACUGAAAAUGCUGACCUUUAGUUUGCAGGAGUGUAGAUUCAAAAAAGCAAAUUCAAUGUUCUUAAAAAGCAGGCAAAUUGAGAUUAUUUGCAUUAUGAAAAUCCCAUAGUAGUACAAUACCAAAGGUACUAUCAGGUUCGGGCCAACAGAAUUGAAUUUGGUGCAACCAGUUUUCCUCCUAAUGGUACAAAAUGUAUGUUCUUUGUGCUUAUGGGAUUAUUUGCAUUGCAUGUGUGACUUGGUGUCGGAACAGAGGCUGACAGGCGUUCAGAAUUGUAGAAAGUCCUCUGUCAUCAGCAUUGGCUUUAGAAGUAAACCAGAUUGACUCGCAGUUUCAAAGUUUCUGUGAGAUUUUUUAAAGGACAAUAUCCCUCUUCUUACUAUUGAGUGACAUGGAAAGGAUUCUGGGGGAGUUCGGCUCACUGUUAUGAGACAAAAAUACAAAGUAGACCAAGGUUUGUAAGGUGCCUAUCUAAUAAUGUGUGUAAACAAAAUAAAAACUGGCCAUUUUUCCAUAACUUUUUCAGUUUUAAAUUUUUAAUUCAUUUUAAUUGUAUAACAAUUCAUUUAAAGGAUUAGUUCACUUUCAAAUUAAAAUUU